AUGGCUCCCUCGACCACUUUCGCAGAGACGGUCAUGUCACCCUCUCCAGGCCCCAAGAGAUCAGCAACCUCACUACUUCCUGCCUUCGAACCGCUAUCUUCGUCACCAGCCUUACCGAGACCCCUCAAGCGAAACCGAGAUGCACUCGACGAGAGCACGACCUACCCUACACCCGUCCCUACUUCUUCCACCGCUAUUUUAUCUUCCUCGCCAGUACAUGUAGCCAAAUCCCGGCCCAGCCUCCACAGGACUUCUUCUACCCUUGCUGAACGUACUCCUCUCGGUGCCGUACCCUCAAUCCAAUUACAAGCCGACGGCAAGGUAACGCGUAUGGGAAGAUCCAGCGCUUCUUGCGACUAUCAAUUCUCAGCAAAUCGUCUCAUAUCCAGGGUUCACGUGGAGGCUUGCUACAAAGCUGCGGGUUCGCGUCUGGAGCGUGAUCGUGUGGAAAUCACGUGUACUGGUUGGAAUGGUAUUAAGAUACACUGCAAGGGACAGGUGUACGAGGUUAAGAAGGGAGAGACAUUUUCGUCCGAUAUUAGGGACUCGGAAAUCAUGAUUGACGUUCAUGACAGUCGCGUCGUGGUGGAUUGGCCUCCGAAACCUCACCUCGGCGCCUUCUCGUCUGAAGACGAGGAGGAUGCUUCUCCUGCGAAGCGCAAGCGCGCCAUGUUGCGCCAUUCAACACCGCCCAGCCCAAGUCCAAUGCAAGUUCGACGACGACUUUCUUCUCCCAUAUCCCCGUCUCCUGCCGUACAGGCCGUAAUGCCUUCUUCACCGCCACUCCCUCCAGCUACCGUCGAAAUAUAUGAAGACCCUGAAUCGACCAACGAAAGCAGUGGAACGGUGACCGGGACUGAAGUGUCACAGUCAACACAGGCACUGUCGCAGAACUGUGGACUCGCGGGAAACACUCAGAACAGUGCUUCGUUGUCUGCUGAAGAAUUUUCCGACAACGACGAAGAGAAUGAUCCCAUCAUUCAUUCUUUUGGACCCUUUGGUGCAAACCUACUGCCACGUAUGGCAUCAGUCUCCGCUGGAGAUUCGCACCACUCAAGUGAUUCUGCAACGAGUACACGAUCUUCCCACACAGAACCCCUUCCUCCCAGCGAAGCUUUGAGCUCAUCGAAAAAGAAAGAUCCGGAAUUUGACGCGCAAGGCCACAUUAUUAAUCAGCUCGCGUUUUCGAGAUUGUCCUCGACCCCGUUGUCCACCAUUUUAAGCCACCUUCCCCGCGAGGCUGGUGUUUUGUCCCUCCAUGAAAUCAGAAAGCUCAUCCGUGAAACAGCGUGUAUUGGCGAGGUUGCAAGAGAAGGCAAAGACGCCGCGGGUAAACCGCUGGAAAGCGAAUUUUAUUACAUCCCAGAUGAAGAUGAAGAUGAGAAGAGAAAGGAAGCUGUGGUCAAUGAUUUGCGAAAGCCGGGCUUACGAGCUUGUCGCAAACAGCACAAGUCGAUGCCUCUAGACAUUGUUCAUGCAAAGUCGUCAGACGAUGAUGAAGGCCCGGAAUGGCUUUACUCGGCUUCGGAGAAAGUCUCCCGACAUCGGAAUGCCAAAUGCUUCCAUUCGGGAGAAACUCGCGUAAACCCUAGAGAUCCCGAGGUCGAAGCUUUGAGCGGCGCAGGUCAUUCGAAGACGUCAAUCCCUGAAUUGAAGACUGCGUCGAAGAAUUCCAUCAACACCACAUUACUUGGUCUUCCAGCGUCAACUCAAGCUCUCCUUGAUUCUGCUCCUCCAGCCGGAGAGACGCACUCUAUAGACAUGCUAUCGACAGCUGGACAAUCCGCCUUGCGGGCAGUCCGCGCCCGCUCCCCUUCCCACACCCUUCUAAACCAGUUCCAAUCGUCAUCCCUCGCACGACUACUCUCCACACUUGCCAUUCUCGAGCAACGCGACGGCAAACUCAACAGCGGCUCAUUAGGAGCAAUCACAGCUGGGGCAAAGCUCGGAGGUUCUGUACAUGGCUUUGUGGCCGGAAAAUCAGCCAAGGCCGUAGCACAAGAAGCGUCCAAAAUCAAAGGCCUGGAGAAGGUCAUCGCGGUGGAGAAUGAGGCAUAUGACAGAGGGCUGCCCGAGAACUGGGCACCACUGCUGGUGGAGAAUAUCAAGAAGGGCGGUUAUACGCAUGUGAUCGCAGCGCAUUCCGCGUUUGGUAAGAGUCUGCUCCCUCGGGUGGCGGCGUUGUUGGACGUGCAGCAGAUUUCGGACGUGAUGGGAAUUGAGGGAGAAGACACGUUUGUCCGACCUAUUUACGCGGGCAACGCGAUCCUCACCGUCCAGAGCAGCGACCCUACCAAACUACUAACAGUGCGCCAAACAUCUUUUGCUCCUGCCGAAACCGAAGGCGGCUCCGCCAGCGUCGAAGAGGGCGCAGACACCAAGGUUGAAUCGUCCACGGAAUGGAUUUCUGAAAACCUUACAAAAUCGGAUCGUCCUGAACUCGCUUCGGCCGAAAAGGUUGUCUCAGGUGGCCGGGGUUUGAAAUCCAAAGAAGAAUUUGACCGAUUGAUGCCUCCUCUGGCAGAUGCGUUGGGCGCGGCCAUCGGGGCUUCGAGAGCUGCGGUGGACAGUGGGUUUGCAGACAACAGUUUGCAGGUGGGCCAAACCGGCAAGAAUGUCGCACCUCAACUCUAUUUGGCCGUGGGAAUCUCGGGCGCCAUCCAACAUCUUGCGGGCAUGAAGGAUAGCAAAGUCAUUGCAUGUAUCAACAAGGACCCGGAUGCGCCUAUCUUUCAAGUGGCGGACGUGGGAUUGGUCGGGGAUCUGUUCGAGAGAGUCCCUGAGUUGACGGAGAAACUAAAGUCCCAAUGA